UUUUUUUCAGAGCUCUAGAAGACAGACCUCACCCAACCCAACUCCUCAUUUUAAAAAAUAAUAAUAAUAAUAAUAAACCCAAGAUAUUUAUAUUAUUAUUACUAUUAUUAUUAUUAUUGUUGUUGUUUUUAUAGUAAGAAGAAUUGAUGGAGAUAGAAGCGGCGGCGAGUGGGACUCACGGCGGUGGUGCUGGCUCUAGUGAUAGAGAUUUGGACGGAGAAGGUGGUGGUGGUGGUGGUGGGAGGCAGAGAGGAACUUACUUGGUUUGGGAAGAUCUCAACGUUGUUUUGCCGAACUUUAGUGAUGGGCCGACUAAAAGGCUUCUCAACGGGCUCAAGGGAUAUGCUGAGCCCGGUAGAAUUACGGCCAUCAUGGGCCCAUCCGGCUCUGGAAAAUCCACUCUUCUUGAUACUCUAGCAGGAAGACUGUCAAGAAAUGUGGUCAUGACCGGAAGUAUUCUAUUCAAUGGAAGCAAGAAAAGACUCGACUAUGGUGCUAUUGCUUAUGUGACACAAGAGGAUGUAUUGCUGGGAACACUAACUGUUAGAGAAACCAUAUCGUAUUCAGCUCAUUUAAGGCUUCCAACUUCAAUGAGCAAAGAAGAAGUAGAUAGCAUUGUGGAGGACACCAUCGCAGAAAUGGGGCUCUAUGACUGUGCUGAUAGGCUUAUUGGAAAUUGGCACUUGAGAGGCAUCAGUGGUGGUGAGAAGAAGAGAUUAAGCAUUGCUCUCGAGAUUCUCACACGCCCUUCUCUUCUCUUCCUUGAUGAACCCACCAGUGGUCUUGACAGUGCUUCUGCUUUCUUUGUUGUUCAAACACUUAGAAACGUUGCCCGCGAUGGAAGAACCGUCAUCUCAUCCAUUCACCAGCCUAGUAGUGAAGUUUUUGCUCUCUUUGAUGAUCUCUUCUUGUUGUCAAGUGGUGAGACUGUUUAUUUUGGAGAAGCAAAGAAAGCUGUAGAGUUCUUUGAUGAAUCUGGUGUUCCAUGUCCAAGCAGAAGGAACCCUUCUGAUCACUUCUUGCGCUGUGUAAAUAAAGACUUCGACAAAGUUACUGCCACACUUAAAGGAUCGUUAAAAUUAAAAGAUGUCUCAAGAUCAGACCCUCUCAUGAGUGUGGCAACAGCAGAAAUUAGAGCUUCGCUUGUUGAGAAAUAUAGGUACUCAAAGUAUGCAGCAAAAGCCAGAGCCAGAAUUCAAGAACUAUCUACCAUUGGAGAGGACCUUGCAGUUGAAACGAAAACUGGAAGUCAAGCAAGUUGGUGGACUCAGCUUUUGACAUUGAUUCGAAGAUCAUCCUUGAACAUGUCUAGAGAUGUUGGUUAUUACUGGUUGAGGAUCAUUAUCUAUAUAGUUGUAUCUAUAUGUGUUGGUACCAUCUAUUAUGAUGUGGGCAAUAGCUACACCGCCAUUUAUGCUCGCUCAGCUUGUACCGCCUUUAUAACAGGCUUCAUGACAUUUAUGUCUAUUGGAGGCUUCCCAUCUUUUGUUGAAGAAAUGAAGGUCUUCUAUAAAGAAAGGCUUAAUGGGUAUUAUGGUGUUUCAGUGUUCAUCUUAUCCAACUACAUCUCUUCAUUCCCAUUUUUGGUUGCUAUUACUCUUGUUACUGGAACUAUUACUUUCUACACUGUGAAGUUCAGACCAGAAUUUUCUCAUUAUGUAUUCUUCUGUCUCAACAUUUUCACCUCCAUCUCUGUCAUAGAGAGCCUCAUGAUGGUUGUAGCUGCACUAGUCCCCAAUUUUCUCAUGGGAAUUAUAGUUGGAGCCGGCAUUAUGGGUAUUCUAAUGAUGACAUCUGGAUUCUUCCGCCUGCUCUCUGAUCUUCCCAAGAUUUUUUGGCGCUACCCGGUAUCAUUCCUCAGCUAUGGCUCAUGGGGAAUUCAGGGUGGCAUCAAGAACGACUUGCUUGGGCUUGAAUUCGAACCUCUAUUUCCAGGGCCAAAAUUGACAGGAGACUACGUCAUCACAAAGAUGUAUGGUAUUUCAAUAGAUCAUUCCAAGUGGUGGGACUUAGUUGCUAUUGUGGCCAUCCUCAUACUUUACCGCAGCCUAUUCUUCUUCAUUCUCAAGUUCAAGGAAAGAGCCUCACCAGUGUUUCAAUCACUUUAUGCCAAAAGAGCUCUACACCAUCUUGACAAAAGGCCUUCCUUCAGGAAAAUUCCAUCUAUCCCUUCCAAACGCCACAACCCUCUCUACUCACUGUCCUCUCAAGAGGGUCUUAGCUCUCCACUCCCUUAAGAAUACAUUCUUCAACAUAUUGAUGAUAUUAUAAGCUGAGCUGCAGUACAAGCCACUACCACUGAAAUAAACCAGAUUCUGUUUGCAGUUUUGAGUAGUUAGUCACUUUCGUCACAUUCUUACCAAAAAAAAAUCAGUGUGUUUAUGUUCUAUACAUGAAUUGUUGUCUAUUUUUUAAACUAUAUUUACUGUCACACUUGGGAAUUUUCCCAUCUACUUGUAUAGCUCAAAUAUACAUUACUUAUUAUAUGCCAAGUCCAUCUCAUUGUCAACCA